AUGAACGGCAAGUCUAUCAAAUGUUUCCUACUUUGGAUGCUUGUCACUCCUACUCUUGGUAUAGUGUUAGGGGGGUUAGAUCAACAAACAGUAGUAACAGGUGUUGCCGAAGGGCCAACAACAAGCACCAGCAGUGAAAACAACGACACAACUUCACCUUCACCUUCCCCAAAAAGCACCAAGCAAGAAAAUACAACACCAAAUGAUACUCCUUCAACAACAUCAGUGCAGACAUUUAGUCCAAUAUCAACUCUGGUAGCGUCCCCGGGGACUUCCUUACAACUUGUCACUACGACAAUCUUAAUAAGCACCGUCAUAGCUAGUGCUCAUGUAUACACUUUAACCAAUGCUGUUGGGUCUCAAUCCACCUCAACAGCAGCCACAUCGACUCUGACUCAAACCAUUGCUCAAGUAACAGUGGUUACUCAAACAUACACUGUGAGUUCUGUUGCUGUGGUAUGGUAUACCCCCACUGUCACAGCUAAUAGGUUGACAUCACUAACCAACCCCACUGCUCAAGCAGUCACAACCUAUAACACCCAAGGGUUUGCUGGGACGCAAACAGUGUGGGUCAACACAAACAUUAUUAAUAAUAGUAAUCUGCCUAGCAGUAAAGGUGGUAAUGGAGAUGGCACUACGACUAUUACUACAGAUAACACUGCUAUAGUUGGAGGUAUUUCAACUUUUGUCACCACCAUAGGAGGGAAUAGUGGUCUCACGCUUACCACAAGUUUACUUAACAACAAGUCUAAUAGAGGAGGCACUGCGACCCUGGUUUAUUAUACUACUAGUGGGGGUUCAGUAUUCUUGGUGACUUCCAUGGUCACAGGCCAAGCAAAAUCAGUCACAUUAGUCACAUUAAUCAGUGGGUCUUCAACUAUCGUCACCACCCAACCCCAAGCAAGUGCUAAUCUCGCCAUGAGAGCAAUUGCUAAUCCGUUAGUUGGAUUUGAAAAGGAUCUUAGUUUCCAAAAGACAUUGUUAUCUGUGACAUUCAUAUCACUCUUCGCUGCCUUCAAUAUUCUUUAG